UUCUUUCAUAUGGUAGAAUUAGUAGUGGAGUUUGUGCUUUUUGCAACCUCAAACCGGAUUCUAUUGAUCACUUGUUCUUUGAUUGUCACGUCUCGGCUAGUUUCGUCUUUUUUUGGGCUGCGAGAUAUAAUCUUCCAUGGAGAAACAGGUCCUGGUCGGAGAAUCUUCUGUGGGCACUGAAAUUCCUUCCCGGCAAGGACUUUCUUCAUUGUAUUGCCCGUUUUUCUUUUAGUGUCAUGUGUCACUUGAUUUGGAAGAAGCACAACAGAAUCAUCUUUCAGGGGAGUCCUUGGAGCUGCCGGCUUUGAAGAAAUCUCAUCAAAGUGAUUAAGGACAAGGCUCUUACCUACAGCAACGUGGUAGACAACUCAAGGAAUAGGAGGCUUCAGCGUUGUUGGGGUCUUGAUGCUUCUAUUUCCGGUUCUCCUGCUUAGAGUGCCUUCAAGCUUUCUUACUUGUCUCUUAACUUGGCUCUUUUUUGAUAGUCUGUUUGCCCUCCUUUCCUUUGGGCUUCUUUUUUGAUACUAUUAAUGUGUUUUAUAAAUAGUUUUUUUGUGUAAAAAAAGUUUGGAGUGUUUGGCAAAAUUGAGGGGUUUUGGUCGCUUUUACUACUUCUUUCUUCUUCUUCUUUUGAAUUGAUCGGCAAAACCGUCUGGACUCAAACAGGAAAACUGCUUCGUGUCUCCGGAGCAGGAAAACCCAGGGUUUCUGCGGAAGCCAAAACGGGAGGUAAAUUUUGCCCGCGUCUAUGGAUUCUUCUUCUCCAAAGAGUCCCCGCUCUGAAUCCGAAGCCGAACCUGACUAUAAGUAUAAGGAUCGAAUCAGCUGUUUGCCCGAACAAGUUAUAGACCGUAUAUUAUCUCUAUUGACAUCUAGAGAAGCACAAGCGACUUGUGUUCUUUCCCGGAGAUGGAGGCACUUGUAUAAUUCUCUUCUCACCGACCUUGAUUUCGACUGGUUGGACUUAUUGGAGAAGUUACGAGAUGACCCCGAGCAAGCGGAAAAGGAGAGGGCGAGAUAUGUGGAAUGGGUGGACAAUGUCGUGCAUCAUCAAAGUGGAAAAGAGCACUCUCUACGAAGAUUCGUGUUACGUUUUGACCUGAAUAACUCAUAUAAGUCUCACGUUGAUCACUGGAUUAGGUUUGCUUUGGCAAAACAGGUGAAAGUGCUCGAUCUACAUUUCAUGCCAGUGUGUUACGACGAUUUUAAGCCUGAUUGUGACCCUAGUCGCUUGCCAUAUGUGUUAGAGCGUGAGAUACUUAUGGAUGCGAUGUAGGGUGUUCACGGCGCGCUUCAGGUCUUGGUAACUUUGGCUUGAGCCCUUCCAUUUCUUGGCACGUUGGCUGUAGGAAUCUUGAACAGCUCUCCUUAUUUCGAGUGAAUGUGGAGGGAGAACUCAUUGAGCAAUUGCUUGCCGCUUGUCCAGUAUUAGAGAAAUUGGUUUUGGAAUAUGCUUGUGGCUUGAGAUGGUUGAGAGUUUCUGGCGAGUCACAGAAGUUGAAAUACUUGUGCAUAAGAGUUUGUAAGGAUCUUCAGCUCAUCGAGAUUUAUGACACAACGAAUCUAGUGUCCUUCACUUACAGAGGAUGGUCCUUCACUUACAGAGGAUUUGAAGAACAAAUUAUAUGGUAUUUGGACAAUGUCCCCCGGCUGUCCGAGGUGUCCAUUGAAGGAUUUAGUGCGAGACAAGUGGAUUUGAUCAUGUCUGAGCUUUCAAGAUAUUCUAGUCUGCAGAUCAUGAAACUUUACUUUACUAUGCCUUUUCCUGAAAGAGUACGGCUUCAUCGACGUCAAUUGCCUAAAUUUACAAGCGUCAAGCAAUUGGAACUGAGAUUUGAAGGAUAUGGAGAUUCAAGUCUACUUCCGUUGACUCCCUUGAUUGAGGCAUUUCCCUGCUUGCGGAGUUUUGUAGUAGAGUUGAUGUACCCAAAGGACAUGCUUUGCAGUCCGAGAGAACUUAAAAGAGUUGUUGGACCUCCCCAUCAAUUCCUAAAGGUGGUGGAAUUUAAUAAUUAUUAUGGUCGACCUUGCGAUUUGGAACUAGUGAAUUAUUUUAUUGAUAACGCCAUUGCUCUGGAGAAGUUAGUGGUGAAUCCCUGUGAGGAAGAAUAUAUCACGGACGGGGUGAAAAAAGUGAAGGAACCUAGAGAACGUGCUCUACAGCAGCUCAUGGGAAAGUUGCCUUCUAGAAUUGAGCUGGUGAUUAAUUAAUGAAACCAGCGCAUCUUUCAUGCGGCAUCCACAGAGCUGUUAUGGAUGGAUGGCUUUGAUUAUGCAACCUAAUCCUCUUCCCCUCUUUAAAGUUGUUUUCUCGACUGCCGAUUUAUGUUAGUUUGUUGUAACUGAUUUAAGAUACUACUUCAUCAGAGCUUGAUAGAGCUAUAUCUUGUGUCACUAACCUGGAAUGUCAUCAUCUUUCAUGUUAUAGAAGUUAUCUUGGGGUUCAGGGAAGUUCAGCUUGAACUGAAGUUGAUGAA